AAGCAUAAAAAGCAUUAGAUGAGCAUAAUUUUACCGAUACCAUGUUUUCCUUCUGAUUGUCUUUAAUUUUAACGUUGAUACUCUUAAGUCUUUUUUGAUCAAUUCUAUGAUCAUUUAAAUUACUCAUAGUCAAUCUAAUUAUGCCCUUGUCACCAGUUAUGAUGAGAUUUAAUUGGUCAUCUCUAGCUUCUCGAUAAUUUUUUCUCAUUCACGGUGUCAUCUGUGCUGGUGUAUAGCUAAAGCUACCUGACUUCUAUUUUAUUAUUCUUUUUGUGAAUAUACAAUUGUCUUUGUUGGUUCUUUAUUACUAUCAUCUAUAGUCGCAAAGAUAAGGAUUAAUCCGUAUUUGUUAACAUAUAUAUAUCUCAAGACAUUUUAAUGGUUAACUCAAAGACUGAUACAAAAGACAUGGAGAAGGUUGAAUCGCCAAAGGAGGAACGAAAUACAAAGAAGUCAGCAAAAAACCGAUUAUCCAAGUCACUCGUGGUUGAUAAUUUACAAGAAGACAGCGGAGAUGGAGCGAAUAGUGGUGAAGAUGACAAUACAUGGGACUGUACUGUAUGCACCUUUAAAAAUCCAGCAGAAGCUUUCAAAUGUUUAAUGUGUGAUGUUCGUAAAGGAACCAGUACGCGUAAACCAAGGAUUAAUCCAGAAUUGGUAGCUCAACAAGUAGCCCGACAACAACAACACUUAUUAUUGAAAAUAUCUCAUGGAAGAACUAGAGAUGGUAACAAAGAAGGCAAUGGUAGGAAUGAUAGUGAUGGAAAUUCUAGGGAUGGAGAGGAUCGGCGUGACUCUAAAAUUAAAGAUAGUGAUGCUGAUUCAGGUGCUGAAACAAAAAAGGAAAGAAAACAGACGAAACAUCGAAAGAGUUUAAAUAAUGACGGUAAUUCGCCGGGACCCAGUAGUCACAAUAAUAAAAUCAGCAAUAGAAACAGCCUUGGUUCAACUGGUAGAUUAAAAAAAUCAAGGAAGGAUGCCGAAGCAAAAAGUCCAUCAGUAGCUGCCUUAUUGGCAAGUAAUCACCCCAAUAAUUUGGACUCAUCUUCAUCUUCAUCAACUUCAUCAUUAUUAUCCAGUGCGACAACCACAGCAUCUUCAUCUUCCAAAAAUGGGUUAACCUCUAAAUUGAAAAACAUCGAUCGCAAUAAUUGUUCAUCAGAAGCCGUGACUGUUAACAAUGUAACCGUCAUCAUAACUGAAUUUUUAAGUGAUUUGAAGGAUGGUCAAAAUGAUAGAAGUCCUUCUAAAAACGUUCACUGCCUCGGGACGAAACAAAAGAAAGAAGCUCAUUGAUCUUGUGUUUGGAAUUGAAAACUCAAAUUCGACUUACUCAAGAAAAUCCAAACCUAAAGGAUCUCAUAUUUUACGACUUAUUACAAUACCUGUAUUAUUAAGUUUCUUCUGUCUCACCAUCUAAAUUUAAAAGCCUCUAAUCCCAAUUUCAUUGUCAACAACCAAGCUUGUUCAAAGUUAAUUGAAUGAUCUUAACCUAUUACUGCCAAAGAUCUCGUUUCCACAAAGAAAGACCAUCUGGAAUAAGCCUCCUCAAUGAAGAAAAAGCAACUUUGAAAAUCAUCUAAUCAUUCUCAAUUCAAUUAAUCAUUCAAACCCUAUUUAAAUACCUGUAUUUAAGAAACAAAUGAGAGUAGUGAUUAUUUUUCCAUGGAUAAAUGUUAGGGCUUUCAGGAAAAAUUUUGUGGCUGCCCAAUAUUCGUAUGAAAUUAGACACCAAUCAUAGAAAGACAAAAACAUUGCUCAUAUCUCUUUUUAACAACUUGUCUCACCUUCUUGAUUUCUUCUAUUCUAUAGAAAUCUGUCAAUAUCAUUCCCUGAAAAAAUUCAUUAGCUUUACUCCAAAACUCAUGACGCCUUAACUUACAUCCUUUUAAAAUUUCUGUUCUCUUACCAAAACAAAGAUAUGAGUUGUAAAACAUGAUAUUUAAAUACAUCAUUACAUGUCUAUGAAAAUAGUUUUAAAAAAUUCACAUUUCAAUAUUUUUUACUCUUAAGAUAAUGUUAUUUUACUAUUCAUGAUCCUAUUGAUAAAAAUUUUACUCUUGCUCAA